AUGCAAACCAAACCCAGAAUUCUGGUCGACCUCACGGGUCGUAAUAUAGCCUGGGUUUUCAUUUCAGCCAUUAUUACAUUAUUGAGUCAUUCAAUACUCGCAUUCACUUUUAUAAAUCCCUGGUUCGCAAUGGUUUUAAUGGGAAUCGGCUAUUCAAUACUAGCCUGUGCUCUGUGGCCAAUGGUUGCUUUUAUCAUAUCUGAGCAUCAGUUAGGAACCGCUUAUGGUGUUAUGCAAUCCGUACAAAACCUUGGCUUGGCCUGUAUUGUACUCGCGGCCGGCGCUAUAGUAGACCUCAAGGGUUACAUUGUAUUGGAAGUGUUCUUCUUGAUGUGGAUUUGC